GCCGAGGCUAUGGCAUCUGGACCACCGCCCCUGGCGACUUGCAGCUGGUUCGGAUUUAUCCAUCCCGACUCAAAUUAACGCUCGUCGCUUCGCCCCGACAGGAAAUCAGGGCUUUGGGCCGGUCAACCGAUACCCAGCAGUAGCGUCGACCCUCCCUGCAGCGCCGCAGCCAGUCAGAGGCCCGACCGUGCAUGUCGAGAGCAUGGCACGAUCCUUUCAAUAUAUGCUUAGCUGAAUUGAUCCGGCCGUGAUAGAUGCCUCUCGCUGUCAGGAGACCGGGUGGGUAAUUCUUUAAAUAGACACGUCUUCCCCGGCCAGAUCGAUCUCUCGGCCUGUGCAGGUUUCAGCUGUCCGUCGUUCCCGUGCAAGCUCACGUCUCUCAUUCGUGCCUCCCAGGACCUUUGGAUCAUCAUGGUGGCUUUGCAAGUUCUCAGUCUGGGGCUGCUGGCGUCGCAGGCCUGGGCCAUGCCCGCCGCAUCGCAGUCCUCUGCCACGCCCACGCUCCCCAGCAGCGCCUCGAGCUCGACCGCGGUGGCCGCCUCCCAGCUGGACCAGCUGGCCGACUUUGCCUACAAUGUCACAACGGACAGCGUCGGGGGCGGCUCGGAGAGCAAGCGUGGAGGGUGCUCCUUGCAGAACCUCCGCGUGCGACGUAACUGGCGGGCCUUCUCCAAGUCCCAGAAGAAAGACUACAUCAAUUCCGUGCUGUGCCUGCAGAAGCUGCCUGCCCGCACGCCGGCUCACCUGGCCCCCGGCGCCAAAACGCGAUACGAUGACUUUGUCGCGACGCACAUCAACCAGACGCUGGAGAUCCAUUACACGGGCACCUUCCUCGCGUGGCAUCGAUACUUUAUCUACGAGUUUGAACAGGCCCUGCGCAAUGAAUGCGGAUAUACUGGAGACUACCCCUACUGGGAUUGGGGCGCCGACGUCAACAGCAUGGAGCAGUCGCCCGUCUUUGAUGGCAGCGAGACGUCCAUGUCGGGUAACGGGGCUCCCAUCCCCAGCCAGCCCGACGUGAAGCUUUAUCUGGGCGACUAUCCGGCCAUCGACCUUCCCCCUGGCAGUGGCGGAGGCUGCAUCACGAGCGGUCCCUUCAAAGACUAUCGCCUGCACCUGGGCCCGGCUGUCCUGUCACUGCCCGGCGGAAAUACCUCGACCGUGGACAACCCGCUGACCUACAACCCGCGCUGCCUGAAGCGCUCGUUGACGACCGAGAUCCUGCAGCGGUACAACACCUAUCCGAAGAUCGUGGAUUUGAUUCUGGGCAAUGACGCCGUCUGGGACUUCCAGAUGACGAUGCAGGGCAUUCCCGGCAGCGGCUCGAUCGGCGUGCACGGCGGCGGUCACUACUCCAUGGGCGGCGAUCCCGGUCGCGACGUGUACGUGAGCCCCGGCGACGUCGCCUUCUGGCAUCACCACGGCAUGAUCGACCGAGUCUGGUGGAUCUGGCAGAAUCUGGACCUCCCGCGGCGUCGCAACGACAUCUCCGGCACCGGCACGUUUAUGAACAACCCUCCUUCGCCCAACACAACGCUGGACACCGUCAUCGACAUCGGAUAUGCCAACGGCGGCCCCAUCGCCAUGCGUGAUCUGAUGAGCACCACCGCAGGCCCGUUCUGCUAUAUCUAUCUGUAAUAUAUGGUUCAGGGGGCUGUCAGGUCUAGCGGGAUUUGACGUGCCGCAAUUACUCGUCGGCUGUCAUCGCUAAUAGAUAGUUAUAGUGUAGUAUAGAGACUUAGACUUCUGGAGUCUGACUCCUCCACAACUCUCUUCAUUAAUGCCUUCU